GCCCCGCGGGGAGGUGAGGUGGGGAAGGCCUGAGGCCCGGGGCUGGAGGUGGAGUUCGGCCGCGGCGCUGAGCAGCGAGUGAGCGACACCUGAGCGCUAUGGAGCCCCGCGCGGCGACCCUCAGUGAUGUGCUGUUGGCACUACAGGAGAUGGGGUUUGAGGAGCGAAGGGCACAGGCGGCCGUGAACGCCGGGAUCUUCAACGUCCAGGAGGCCACCGAAUGGUUGCUGCAGGGCAGUGAUCACAACGAUCAAGGCCAGAGGAAGCAGGCGGGAGGGGCCAUGUCGGCGUUUAACCCGCCCCUGGGCCAGGCUCCCACACACAGGCUGGCGUUGCGUGUGCCCCCCGGCCCCCCAGCCCCCGCAUACAGGCAGCAAGACCCAAUGUUGCCUGUCCCCAGGAAGCUGGGGAAGCUGCAGCAGUUUGACGAGCAGCAGAAGGCACAGCAGGAGAUCCGGACCGAGAGGAGGAACAAACAGAAGGACCAUGAAUUGGCACUGAAGAGAAUCGCAGACGAUCGUGAGAACCUGCGAGCAAAAUCAUCUCCGGCCAGGCUGUCUGAGCGCUUUCUGUCCCGGCCUCUCGAGGGCCCGGUACCGGGGACCCCUGGGGGCCACAGCGCGCUGAUGAUCCGGCUGCCGUGGGGCGAGUGUAUCCGUGAGCGUUUCCCUGCGGAGACCACCCUGGCGGGCGUACGGGAGCUGGUAGCCCAGCGCUGCCCCCAUCUCCCCAACUUCCUGCUGCUGCAGGGGUUACCCCGGCGUCGCUUCAGUCAGGCCGACCUGAGCCUCACGCUUCGAGCCCUCGGCCUCCACCCCAGCGCCACCCUGUGUGUGCAGCCCGGAGACCCAACCACUGACCCCAGCACCAUCCCCAGCCCCACCCUGUGUGUGCAGCCCAGAGAGCAGCCCGGAGACCCCCCCACCCUCACUGCACACAGACUGAACACCGACCCUGACCCCAGCCCGGGCACAGACCCCCGAGUGCCCACUAUCGGAGGCCCCAGGGGGAGAGUCCUUGGGCUGGGGGCCCAUUCUCCCCGACACCAUGGGGGCGAUGAUGAUAAUGAUGAGCGCGACAGAGAGGAGUUACUGGCGGUACUGGGACAUCACAGGAGGCAGCCCGGCCCCCGGCCCCUAGCCCACACCACACAUUCCUGGGGUAAAGGACAGAAGUUGGCUGCGGGGCUGAGCUGUGAGGAGGCGGAUGACCAGGAUGCCCCAGAAGAGGACGAUGAAGACGAUGAGGAAGAUAACUUGAUGGCGCUGAUUCCCCCCGACUUUGACCCCGGGGUCUUUCGCAUGAAUGGACACCGGAUCCGCAGCGGGUUUGAGCCACAACAUCAGUGGCCAGAGCAGGGCAACCGGCUCAGGCCAGGGGCCGAGGAUGGACACGGGGGGCCGCAGGUGCCGGUUGCUGCCGGACGAGCCGCCCUUGAGCGCCUACAGCGAGGGUCUCGGGAACAAUUGAGCCCCUCCCAACCCACAGCUCCCAGACCAGCAACGACCUCUGCCGUGCCCUCACUACUCACAAUGGCCACUAGGGGAGCCAUCACCCUGAUCACAGCGCCGAGCCGGCAGUACGCUGGGAGCCUGGGGUCUCUCCCCCCGCGAGUGGCUGAGCGGUUGGUGAUGGAGCUGGUGAAGAAGAGGUGGCUGAGGCCCCGGAGCCUGGAGCUGUUCAGCGGGUGCAGUCUGGGGAGUCUAGUGCUGGACUGUUACCCUCUGACCACCAACCAACUCCUCCUUCAGCUGUCAGCCUUCCCCUCCCUCCACCACCUCAGCCUGGCCUCCUGCCGCCUGCUCACAGACUCCGGGCUGGAGAGCGUGUCUCACCUGAAGAAGUUGCAGCACCUGAACCUGGCCGCCUGCCCCCGGCUCACUGACCGCUGUCUGAGCAGCCUGACAGGACUGAAUUGUCUUUCUCACCUGACUCUGGACCAGACAAAAGUAACCGACUGUGGAAUGAGGGACUACCUGGAGUCUGCUCCCUCCUCACUCGUUCACUUGAGCCUGAAUGAGACGGCUGUGAGUGAGGGAACCCUCGUUUGCUUACCCCGCGCCCUCCCUCACCUCCGUCUGCUCAGCAUCAAACACACCCAGGUGACUGACGUGUCAGCGCUGAGGGAGGUGACGGCCCUACACACACUAUGUUUGGACCACACAGGAGUGACUGAGAGCUCUCUGCAGACACUGGGCUCUCACCCCAACCUCUCCUCCAUCAGUGUCUCCGGCCUGCAGUCCGUCAGCGGUGACUCCGUCCUGCACAUUCUCUCAGGGCUGCCACUAACACAGCUGAAGCUGCCGAGCCGUCACACAGUGAGCGACGCCGGGCUCCUCGCCCUCGCCGGCCUCCACCGCCUGCUGGAGCUCGACCUGACCGACUACAGCCAAGCCACAGACCAGGGCCUGCAGUGCUUAGCCAGCCUGACCAGGCUGCGGAGACUGUCCCUCAGUAACACCCAGGUGACAGACGUGGGGUUGAUGUACCUACAGCCGUUGAGCAGCCUGGAGGAGCUGUGCCUGGACCGGACCAGGGUCAGCAGUAAGGGCGUGGCUCAGUGUGUCUGUGGCCUGCCCCGCCUGCAGGUGCUGGGGUUGGCGGCGACGCUGGUUGGAGACUCGGUUGUGCCGCGUGGCCUCGCUCGGUGUCGGCAACUUAUCAAACUGAACCUGAGCCGCACUCGCCUGACAGACACAGGCCUGAAGAAGCUGAGGCUGUGGGGUUUGAGCCAGCUGAGCGUGGAGGGGACGGGGGUAACAGAGGCGGGUGUGACUGAGCUGCUGGCCGCCUGCCCCAACAUCACCAGUAUCCGUGCCGGCAACCUGCGGCCCCUCGCCCUCGACCAGCAGUCUGACGAGGAGGCCUAGAGGGAGCCGGGGGUGGGGGGCAGCUUUGCCAGACCAGCCCUGGCGAUCGUUCAGUCAGAAGCUUUGGAUGUUGCACUUUCCAUCCCUUCCCCCACUAAUAUGGGUUGUGAGCCCAACCCUCAUUGACACCCCCUCCUCUCUUCCGCCCCCCCCCACCCCUCGUGUCUCUCUCCAUUGC